ACAGUGACUAAACUUCCUGCUUGUCGGUGAAGUGUUCGUGAUUCCCCAAUAAUCUGUCCAUUUUGAAGGAGAGAGAUUAUUAAGCUAAUAACAAGACUGGCAAGUUCGAGUGAGCGAUUUCCUGUUUCGAUAGAAUUUGUAAUUGUAAUAACGCUGAUCGGCGAUUCUCAGGAGGACCAGUUGGGGGAAAAAGCUUGACGUCAACUAUUCAUAAUGACGCACGGAUGUACAGUGAAUUAAUGUGCGAAAUUCGGGUGUGACUCAGGACCCCCCACCCGCCAUCGCCAUGCCCCCGGCCCUUGCGCGUCAGGUGUUCCUCCCGACGGGGUGGCGCCCGCACCGUCACCGUCAGCCGCCCCAGCGCAGAGGAGUCUUCUGUCUGAGUGUAUCCAUCGGCGUCCUGCUCCUGAUUCCGUGGGCGUCGCAGUCGAGGCACCCUCAGAGCGCCCACGCCCUUGCCAGCGUGGGCGUGGUCCUCGCCCUCGUCACCUCUACUCUUCUGCUGUACGGGCGCCAAGGAAUCAUGUCCGUCCAAAAAUAUGCGACAGGUGAGGAAGACGCCCCCGUCGGGUUGAAAUUCGUGAGGCGCGUCCUCGCCCGCGCCAGGACCAAGUUCCUGGGAUUCGAGGAGCUCUACAUGAAAAUGAAGAAUUUGUCGGUUUUGGUCAACCAGGUGGUAUUCUUCAGUCUGUGCGAACGCCUGAUGCUGGCCAAUCAGAGGACGUCCAGUCUCUACACUCUCAUGUUCUUCAAUGUCACUGCGUACUGCGUAGCCUAUAUCAAGGAGCUGAUCGAACGGGAGGACUGGAGUAUGUAUGUCAACAUCGCCCGCACGUCGAACGUCCGCCACCUGGCCCUGUCCGCCACCAAGAUCGUGCUGGAGUGGACCAAGGCCGUCACCUUCAUCAUCACCGUGGUGUUCAUGCUCCUCGUCUUCGGGCUGGAGAAGGGGCUCAAGAACUACACCCCGACGACCACUUACCUCGUCGUCACCGGGUUGUACUUCCUCGUCACGGAAAAGGUGUUCAUGGACAUAGUCGCCUCGUGGCUGGAGAACAGGAGGUUCGACUACUUCGAGAGCCUGGAGAGUUUCUACGUGCCUGCGCUCAUCCUCCUGCUGCAGCUCUCCUCGUCGGCGCUCUUGACGGGGCUCUGCGUGUUCACCGGGAACCUCAGACUCGUCUUCCUGUCGGCCUUCACGAAUAUCAGAAUCAAGUAUCGAGAACUCCAGGAGGGUUACAUCAAGCCCCUUCGACACGAACUGGAGGCGCUCGAGCUCUACCGCGUCGCCACGCACUCGGAGCUGGCGAACCACGACGACGUGUGUGCCAUCUGCCUGACGCCCAUGACCUGCGCGCGCAUCACGCCCUGCCAACACUUCUUCCACGCGGACUGCUUGCGGCGGUGUCUCAAGGGAAGCAAUAAGUGUCCCAUUUGUCAGUAUCAUUUUUUGUGAUCCUACGAUACUCUAUUCUCGCUUCAAAAUUGUUGAUUUCCGAUGCUUCUCUUGUCUUUCUCUGCUCUGUACUUCUGUUUAUAGGGUUCCUAUCUCCAUGAGACAUGUGAUAACUAGAUGUAUAGAAACAAUGUCUUCUGAAUAUUAAGAGGUGUCAGUUGCAAGAAGAGAAGUUAAUACGUAUUAAUAGGUAAGGUAUACAUCUAAUUAAGUUAUAUUCAGAAAAAUAAUUGUGUGAUUUUAUAGGAAUUCACACUCUGUAACCGCUAUCACUUUAAUAGAUAAGGAAAAAUGACAAAAGGUUUUCUUUUCGAAAUUAUUUUUGAAUUAGACUAAAUUGUCUGAUAUACGGAUAUAUAAAAAUACAUAUCUAGAUUAAA